AUGACUAUCUAUCAUUUUCGUAUCUAUCAAAAUUUUCGCUUCUAUUUAUCAAACAUUUUCGUAUCUAUCUAUCUAUCUAUCUAUCUAUCUAUCUAUCUAUCUAUCUAUCUAUCUAUCUAUCUCAUUCUGUUUCUAUCUAUCUAUCUAUCUAUCUAUCUAUCUAUUCUUUCAUUAAACUUUAUUUCUUUCAUUUGUGCUUUCGUUUACUUUUUCACUAAUUUUAUUUUGCUUUCAGAAGUUCUUUUAUCUUUCUCUUCAUUAAAUUUUCCUUCUUUUUUCAUUUUUUGUUCUUUUAUUGCUAUCUAUCUAUCUAUCUAUCUUUUUCGUUUCUAUCUAUCUAUCUAUCUCUCUAUCUAUCUUUUUCGUUUUUAUCUAUCUCUCUAUCUUUUUCGUAUCUAUCUAUCUAUCUAUCUAUCUAUCUAUCUAUCUAUCUAUCUUUUUCGUAUCUAUCUAUCUAUCUUUGUUCGUAUCUAUCUAUCUAUCUCUUUUGUAUCUAUCUAUCUAUCUAUCUAUCUAUCUUUGUUCGUAUCUAUCUAUCUAUCUAUCUUUUUCGUAUCUAUCUAUCUAUUUAUCUUUGUUCGUAUCUAUCUAUCUAUCUAUCUUUCGUAUCUAUCUAUCUAUCUAUCUAUCUAUCUCUCUAUCUCUUUCGUAUCUAUUUAUCUAUCUAUCUAUAUCUUUUUCCCUCGGCAUUUCUCAAUCACAUUUAUUACAUCAAGCAAACAUUCGCCAUUUCUUUCUUUUUUUCUUUCUUUUUUCUUUCUUUUUUCUUUCUUUUUUCUUUUUUCUUUCUUUUUUCCUUUCCUUUUUUCUUUCUUCAUGCGUGCAUUCUCAAUUUCUUUCCUUCUUUCUCUAUGUGAGCAUUCUCAAUUCCUUUCUUUUUCUUUUCUUCUUAAGACGAGCAUUCUCUAUUCCUUUCUUUUUCUUUUCUUCUUAAUGCGAACAUUCUCUAUUUCUUUCUUUCUUUCUUUCUUUCUUUCUUUCUUUCUUUCUUUCUUAAUAAUAUUCUCCAAGCAAGCAAUUUUAUUUUCUUUCUAA